CAUCCAACAUAUGUCUUAAUCGCAGAUUCAAUACUAUAUUUUAAGCAGAAUUGUUAUAAUGGAUUCUGUUGCUAACGAGGAACAAGAUGGAAUAACGGCUACGAAUAUACAGCGUCACGUUUCCACGCUCGAGAAACGUUUGUCGCGUAACAGCCAGGCUAGACUGGACUAUCCGGAUGAUCCUGAAAGAUGGGUAAAAUCUGAAGUUGAUCUAGACGAACAGAUUCAUAAAUUUAGUGAUAUAGGAGCGCAACCUGAGUUAUUUCCACUAUUCGAAGAGUUAGGAGGCCUACGCCUUUUACGUGAUGCGUUAAUACACCCAAAUAUCGACAUCGCAAUAUCUACACUGAAAGUACUUUCUGAGCUCAUAGAUGUAGAAUCUUUGGUUCGGUUAAAGAAAGCGGAGCACGUACUAUCUGUAUUAGAAGCGCUUUCGUUGCACACACACUGUGCCAAAGUGCUUUUAGAAAUCGACGAAGAUGCUGGAGAGCUUGAUUACGAAGGUGUUAAGAGCGCGUUUGAGCUGCUGGAGAACUUAUUGGACCUCUUUCCCUCUAUUGCUACAGAUUUAGGGUCGAAUCGUCCUUUGUUGACCUUUUUGCUACGUCGAAUGAAAAACAGCAAAACAGUUGAAUAUGAUUCAAAUAGGGUGCAUGCUUGUGAGAUUUUAUGCAUCCUACUUCAAAACUCAGAGGAAUGCAAUUCAAUAGUUGGCGGUUCGGAUAUUGGAGGAAUAGAGAAACUUCUACGUAUAAUAGCGGUUUUUCGCAAGAAGGAUCCUGAGGGAGUGGAAGAAGAAGAGCUGGUGGAAAAUGCUUUUCAAUGUCUAUGCAGCUUAAUGUUAAUCCCAUCACAUCGCACAUCAUUUGGUAAACUACAGGGAUUAAUCCUUUUGAUUCGGCUUAUCAAGGAACGAAGAUCCACGUACCGUCUUGCCGUUACAUUACUGGAUUAUGCACUAAUGGACUGCCCAGAGAACUGCCAUUUAUUCAUCAAAGGGAUGGGUUUAAGAUGCAUAUUUAGUAUUUUAAUGGGCAAAGGUGUUCGCACAAAACAAAGCCCAGCCGAUCAGAAAGCCAAUGACGAACACAUUUUGGGCGUGUUGCAUUCGUUGGUUACUAACAGCUCCGGUAAUGAGCUCGCUAGGGUAAUCAACAAAUUCACUGAGCACAAAUACGAGAAGUUAGAACGUUUGAUCGAGGUCCAUAACAAAUAUACAACACUGAGUCGUUCUGCAUCGCAUAGUAUGGAAUCAAAAGAUCCAACAGGUGAAUACCUAGAGCGCUAUGAAGCUGGAUUAUCUGUCUGCCAGAUUGCAGACUGCAUUUUACUACGGCUUUACAACCUGGAUAAUUCUAACCUAAGGGCAUGUAUAUUCUUACUUCUUCACAACAAGGGAGUGGAUAUGCAAGACAUAUAUGAAAAUGUAUCAGAUUACAUCAACCAUUUGGACAAAGAUGCAUCCGAAACUAGGGAAACCAUGGACCGCUUGCUGAAGUCAUUUCUCAUCGCUGCAAGCGACAGUGGUCUCUUUAAAUGAUCACUU